CAACAUUUCCUUUCUGCUUUAUACCACUACACCCUAAAACCCCACUCUGCAAUAUUAGCACUAGCAGCUAUGGCCCAAGUCCUACUACUACUACUACCUCAACUUUCCAAAACCCUAGCGGUACUCCUCUCUCUAAUUUUUCUUGCAAUGGUACAACCCUCUCAUUCCGGUGGCAUCGCCGUCUACUGGGGCCAAAAUGGCAACGAGGGCACCCUUGCCGCCACGUGCGCCACCGGAAAGUAUGCAUUCGUAAACAUAGCCUUCUUGAACAAGUUUGGGAAUGGGCGCACCCCCGAAAUCAACCUAGCAAGCCAUUGCAACCCAGCGGGUGGCAGUUGCAAGGCCGUGAGCAAUGGUAUAAGGAGCUGCCAAAGCCGCCAAGUUAUGGUCAUGCUCUCGCUCGGGGGCGGCUUUGGACCCUACUCCCUAGCCUCCCCCGCAGAGGCCAAAAGCUUCGCAGAUUAUUUAUGGAACAAUUUUUUAGGUGGACAGUCCUCUUCCCGUCCCCUAGGUGAUGCCGUCUUAGACGGCAUCGACUUCGACAUUGAACUAGGGGACGGGAAGUAUUGGGACAAUCUGGCCCAGUACUUAUCGGAAUAUAGCAGAAGAGGACGAAAGGUGUACUUAACUGCAGCCCCGCAGUGUAUUUUUCCGGACUCACUUUUGGGGACUGCCCUUAAUACGGGGCUUUUUGACUAUGUUUGGGUUCAGUUUUACAACAAUCGUCCUUGCCAAUAUAGUUCCGGGAACACCCAAAACCUGAAGAGCUAUUGGAACCGAUGGACAUCCUCGCUAAAGUCGACGGUGUUCUUCGGGUUGCCAGCGGCACCAGGGGCCGCCAAAAGUGGGUUUGUUCCGGCGGACGUGCUGAAAUCACAGAUACUUCCGGCCAUAAAGGGUUCACCGAAGUAUGGGGGGGUGAUGCUUUGGUCAAAGUAUUUUGAUGACAUGAGUGGGUACAGCAACUCAAUUAAGAGUGAUGUGUGAGAGUGCGCUUCCUCCUAGUGUAAAAUUUGAAUAAGCAAGUGUUGGUCCAAUAUAAAUGCAUUGGUGGGAGUUGGUGCUU